CUUGGUAUCCCGUUACAGACAAUCUCAUGCUUCAGGRUAUAAGACUACAGACGUUCUCGCUCGCUGCUUCCAGAAACAAUCAAAACAAGACCCAAAGAACAAUUUAAAGUCAAUUCGUGUUCCUGGAAAAGAGAGAAUCGACUGGAAACUUCUUUCGAUUCGGUAUUAUUAGUGAUUAAAGCGUAAGUGACCUCGUUAUCUUAUCGAAAAGUUGUGGAAAGAUCAACUCGAAGUUUUGGAAAAUGGUGCAYGUAAAAGGACCAUUGACCUUGGUCAUGUUGUUAUUACUCACAGUCGACGCAAGUGUUAGGGAAAUCUGCCCAGCCAAUAAGAAAACUGGCUCCAGGGAGAUAACCGCCUCUAGCGGAGAAAUCAUAUCSCACCUAGGAUCCAGAUACGGAAACGCUAUCGACUGCACACUUACCAUCAACACUGAUCCUGGCAUGAUUUUCAAAGUAACCUUAACAAAACUUAGCAUUGAGCCAAACCCUGACAGUCAACGACCUUUUACCGUUACUUCGUGCAAGAGCGAUGCCCUGGAGAUCGAUACCGGAGARGGAACACCAUACAUACGAUGUCAUAAGCUACCUGACGGGAAGCCCGAGAUAUUUAAAACUAUUUCCAACAAACUUGUCAUCAGAUUCUAUACUAACCCGAUACCUCUUUGGGWUGACGCGUUCAGCGAAUUCAAAGGAGGGUUCAAGAUGUCUUUUACAACCGAGAAGCUAGUACCACUAAUUGGUGACAACAUUUGUCCCUCACGACAUAUCAGAAAACAACGAAGUGGGACCAUCUUUUCGCCUGGAUUUCCUGGAAAGUAUGGUAACAACCAGGACUGCAGAAUCAAGAUACCAAUUCCAGACAACUUUCAGCUUAAUGUCUGGUUCUCUGACUUUUCCUUACAAAGGUCGUUUAGUUGUCAAAGCGAUAAGCUGACUAUCAAAGACGAACAUGGUGGAGUCAGACUGUGCGGCGAGGGAACUGAUAAACUUCCAGGCAUCAAGCACUUCACGGGGUCGCAAGCAACCUUUCACUUCAGGUCGGACAGCUCUGUACAGAAAACAGGGUUCCGUUUGGAUUACAACAUGACGCGCUUGACUGAAGGUCACUGUAUGUGCUCGACUGGUUCAAGCUACAUGUGCAUCACCAAUUUUAACCGAAAAGUUAGAAGAGUGUGGCACAGAAUCAAGUUUUCCAUYAAGACGUCGCAAAAACGUGGACUUAUCGUUUACUCACACAAGGGAAACUAUAGAGAUUAUAUGUACAUUGCCAUUCAAGAUGGUAAAAUGUACUAUAAAAGUGAYUUGGGCACAGGACCAAGCAUAGCAGUAUCUCAUGGCCAGGCAAUCAAUGACGACCAGUGGCAUUACGUUGAAAUAAGACGACGAAAACGUACUUUAACGAUAGCUGUGGAUAAUGGGAGAGCAGUAGGUUCCGCCAAAACCAAAGGAAAUUUUAAUAGAAUAGACCUCGACAAGGCAACUGGGUACGUCCUGGGAACACCACCUCAGUUGCAAGGAAUGCCUAAUUUCAUUGGUUGCAUAAGGGAUUUUACAAUUGACGGCCGUGAACCUCUGACCAACUCCUACGUUGCAAAACCUGACUAUCAUGGUCAUGGCAUUAAGGGAAUGAACAAGUGUUAAAAUAGCAGUGAUUAGUGGUAGUCUUUAGAGUGAUCACACUUACUGCAGUAAACCGUGCAACUGUACAAACUGAAUAGUGCUAUUUACUUGUAUUUGGUAAAUCGUGCGUGCGGAACGCAAAUUGAAUUAAAUUGAUGCAAAUGAAGCAUUCAAUACCGUCUUGCUUCAGGUCCACUUUUAGUACAAAUUAGUACCACUUAAGAUUUUGUACAGUUGCACGCUUUAAGUGCGAUCGCUCUAUACAGAUGUUUUAUUUAGUUAAAGUUAAAAGAAACAAGCAAUGCUGCAUGUAAAUGCCCUGCAAAGCAGCAUUAAGGGGG